GCGCCAUGUCCCUUCCAUUCCAUUCUUUCCAGCUCAAAAAUCCUCAUCCUCCACAAUCUCACUCAAACUCUCCCUCUCUCCCUCUCUCUCACACACACACACCAAAAACAAAGAUUUUUAGACAUGCACGUAUACAUUUGUAUUAGUAUGUAUUUCUAUAUACAUAUAUAGAGUGCCAACUUUGAACAGGCUAAGGAGAUUAGAAAUGGCGAGUGGUUGGGUGAAGUCAUGGCAAUGCAAGUCAAGAGCUUUAGACGAUGUCGUUAACAAUCACCACCACCACCAAUAUCAUCACCUUUUACCCAACUCCGCUAGUUGCAAAAAUGGCGUUAAAAGCCUCAGAGAUGUAGUGGACAACACCAAAAACGGAAAACCCAGAAAGAAAAAAACAUCAAAGCCACCAGAACCGCCGUCAACAAAACGACCCGGUUCUAGAGUACCUGAACCCGGUUCGAAUAGGGAGAAGUCUCGGGCUAGUACUUCCACGAGAUUAUCACGUGCCGCGACGGAGUCUUUCUUGCCGGCGUUGACGGAGUUACCGGAAGGCCACGCGUCGCGUAAUGUUGUGGAGAUAAUUUUUCAGACGAGUUGGUCCGGGUCCCCGAAGGUAUUUUCGGGUCGGAUUGAAAUGGUUUUCAAAGUCCAGAACCUGCCCCGUACAGUAACCCGGUUCGAAGAGUAUAGGGAAGUCGUGAAGUCUAGGGCCGGCAAUGGGGCGGCGGAGAAGGGUGGCGAGGACCAUGCAAGGUGUGUUGCGGAUGGGAAUGAGGUGAUGAGGUUUUACUGCCUAGGGCCCACAAACGGAGGCGCCUACGAGAACGGAGGCAGCGCGUGGACGUUCUCGACUAAUAAGACGGCGGUGUGCACGUAUUCCGGCAGUGGUGGGGCCCACGAGAAUGCCGGCGGUGGAAGGGGAAGACGGGCUAUGUUGGUUUGUCGGGUCAUUGCGGGUCGGAUUUGCAAACAACUCGGGUUUGACUCGUUGCUUGAAGGGCGAGUUGGGUAUGACUCAGUGAGUGGGGAUAAUGGCGAGUUGUUAGUAUUUGAUUCACGUGCCGUAUUACCAUGUUUCCUUAUCAUCUAUAAGUUGUAAAAAAGAAAGAAAAUUUCAAGAAGUAAGACCUUUUUGGCUUUAAA